AUGGGAACGGUGCUGUCUCUGUCUCCGGGUGCGCGGAAAGCCGCGUCUCGUGGGCCGGAAAAGCUCGUGGAACUCGCGGUGCAAAAGCCGGUGGAGGCCCGCGAGGAGGAGGAGGAGGAGGACGCGAAGAAGAAGAAGAAGAAGAAGAAGAAGAAGAAGAAACGUCACCCAGUGCUGCUGCACGCGCUCAGGUGGAAGAAACGGCUCGUGGCCGCGCGAGCGAAGAGGAAGGGCGGGAAGAAGGUGAAUCCAGGGGUGUCCGAUCCCGGACACGUGCAUCGGGAGCAGGCGGUCACCGACGACCGCCACAGAGCGCUAAAGGCCGGACAGAGGCACGGACCCAUCCCGGUACCCGUCCCCACGGUCCCCGAGCAGAAGCAGAAGCAGGACAGGCCGGACCUGAUCAUCUCACCGCGGAGGGUAGUGGUACAGGCGUCCACCGGUGAGCUGCUUCGUUGUCUUUCUGAUUUUCUGUGUCGUCGUUGCAUCAAGCUGAAGGACCUGUCGUCCAAUCAUGUCGUCCUGUGGUUCAGAAACGUGGACCGAGCGCUGCUGGUUCAAGGCUGGCAGGACCAGUGCUUCAUCAGUCCUGCCGGUCUGGUCUUUGUGUACUUGCUGUGUCGAGAGGCGGUGGACGAGGACACGUCUUCGCAGCAGGAGCUUCAUGCCACCUUCCUCACCUGCCUGUACCUGGCCUACUCCUACCUGGGUAAUGAGAUCUCAUAUCCCCUCAAACCUUUCCUUGUGGAGUACAGCCGUGAUGCAUUCUGGGAACGGGCACUGGAGCUGAUCGAACGCCUGAGUGCCGACAUGCUCCGAAUCAACGCCGACCCGCACUUCUUCACUGAGGUGUUUCAGGACCUGAAGAAGCAGGGGGGAGUGAGGCGGAGGGAGAGGGAGGAGGAG